UGUGGGCGUGACACGCGUACGCGACGCUAAACGAACUUUGGGUGCCGGUAGACCUGCAUAGACCUAGAGGAGAAAGACACGAGCUUCUGAGGUUUUUAAAACACAGCACCUCUUAUGAUGGAGUCUCCCUCACUAUAUGACAACUUACUGGAAUUACCAACAGAAUUGCAGUAUGGCAUACUCCAGUAUCUCUCAGCCCAAGAUCUGUGCCGCAUGGCACUUUGUAAUCGAUCCUGGAGAGAUAUGGUCAAUCAGGAUGCCCUUUGGCGUUCUCUUUGCCAGCGUAGAAGUUGGGAGCGCUUUGGUACCACAGAAGAUCUUUGCAAGGAAGAGUCAAUUGCUCUGCCGGCGGGCAACACUAGAGUCGCUUUCCCGACGGAAGUGGUUGUAGCUGGUCCCGACUGGCCUACGCUGGCCCAGACCUGCAAAUGGAAGGAAGUGUACAUGAGAGCACAGCACCUUGAGACCAACUGGAUCAACAACCGUUGCCACACUGUCUCCUUUGAGUUCGGAGCAGCCGGCUGUCGUGAAUAUUAUUAUGAGGCUGUUGAGUCCGAGUUGUUGGAUCCAAACAAAAUUGAUGGUUUGACGGUGAGUGGUUUUGAUGCUGAAGGAGACUGCCUGGUUGCAAGUCUCUCGAAUGACACCCUGAAGAUCUGGGACAUGGCAACAGGGAUUUGUCAUCACACCGUUGUGGUGAAUGCUACAUGUAGCUGGAGUGCAAAUUCGUUGAAGGUGAGGAAUGGUAUUGUAGCCGUAGGAUGCAUGGAUGGCCGGAUACGAACCUUCUCUGCCCAGACCGGAGAGAAGCUGCGAGUGCUGGGAAAGUUUUAUCAGGAAGUGACUCAUGUCCUCUUUGAUGGUGAAAUUAUCGUCAGCACGGCCCAUCCAGAAGACGAACGUCAUGUGUAUGAUGAUAGUAGUGGUGAAGAGGAAAGUGAGGGUGAAAAUGGUGAUGAUGACAGAGGUGAUGGUGGGGAUAAUAAAAGUGAUAGAGAAGACAAUGAAGAUUUUGAUGAUGGUAAUAGGGGGGCAGAACAGCUACAGCGAAACAGUGCUAAGGCAAAUAAAGUAAAAAAUGAAAUCAAAGUGUUUGGGUCUGGAGAUACACGUACCUCCAGUUUCCGCCUCCGUUACGGCUCGGGACGCUCCCCCCUUAUUCAUGUUGACUAUCGUGACAAGAUAGUUGCCGCUGCAUACAAAUCCAAAAUAAUUUGCUUGUGGGAUGCCCAAAGUGGAUCGCAUCUGCGUACAGUCAACACAGGGUUGAACUGUUUGGUGUCCUGCCAUCUUGGUGACGGGAUUGUCAUCGGCACCAACAAAAAAAAUUACCCUGUCAUGAAAACGUGGAACUUGUCAUCAGGGCAGCUCAUGGAGGCCUUUGACUGUCCCAGUGCCCACCUUUUCGAUAAAGAAGAUACCCUCAGAGUUAGCGGUCGGAUGUUGUAUCACUUUGAUCCGGGUAAUGCAUUUAUUGUAGCUCGGUCAAAAUAUGGAGUGUUGGGCAUGUUUGGCUUGGACGGGAGCUACUGUGGUGAUACAAGAAGCUUUAAAGAGGAUAAAUACUUUGAAGACAUCUUGAAGUUGACUGUGCCCUGCCUCCACGGCAACAAAAUCAUCGCUGCUGAUUACCGUGAUGCAAGAAUGUUCUUGUGCACACUCAGCGCUGCUGGUGGCUUCAAGUUGGUCAGGGAGGUGAGACCCAUGAUGCAUGAUGAUGAUUCUGAAGUAGAAGACGUUCGAUUUCACAAGGCUUUGAUGAGCGCCACCAAACUGGCAUUUGUCUCUUACUUCCGGUAUGAGGAGAAGGAGGAACUCAGGGAGGAAAUCCAAGUGCCCAAGAUCAUUGUGCACCAUUACUGGUGAAGAGUACGGGGACUCUCUCUAGCUUUCCACCCCUGUGACUCGAGUUCGAAUUCCAUCCUGUCUGUGGAGUACGUGGGGAGUGGGAUAUCUAUCUGCCCACGACUGAUUCAGCUGCAUUUUUCAGAAAGUUUUUCGAGAGUUUCCUCGCACAUCUUCAAAACUGAGUAUGCCUGCAUUGACUUCACGGGUCUCAGUUUCAUUUUACACACGUUUGAAGAGCCUUUGCAUGUGUUUUUUAGACUGUUUACUAGUUUCAUUCCUAUGUACAAAUGUGUGUCUUCGUCAGUCAGUACCUCCUUCUGUAAAGGGGCUUGAUAGAGGCACGCGUGCGUGUGUAAUUGCAAGUAAGUCAAACCAGACAGAAAAAUAACCGUAGUGGAGUCCUUUUUCCGGGUUCAUGGAGUGUAAUGAAUUGAAUGAUACUGAGAUUGAGCUGUAAUAUAUGGCAACACUUUUUCUGUAAAAGUUAGACUGUUGAUGUUGACACAAAUGUAGAUAUUUGGGGGAAAGAGCAUCAUCGGCCAUAGAAUAAAUUUGAUUGAUUUUGACAGAUGCAGGAGUAGAUGGCCCGGCUACUACGACUAGGGUUGAGUCAGUCGGAAUAAAUCAGAAGUGAAAUAUUUAACCGUCAUUUUAAUGAAAUAUUUUCUGUUCUCCUAAAAAAUCCUGGAUGACAUGUGGAAAGGUGUAGAAUGUUCUAACACAGCGAUUAUUACUAUAUUUCAGGUAUAAUUAUUAUUCUAAGCUACAUGUAGGAACAGGCUUCGCUGACUUGUGACACGAUUCAGCUGGUCAGGGCUCUGAAUUGUUAAGUGGUAAAGGAUCAACUCGAUAAACUGGGGUGAACUCAAACGUCAGCUGGAAUCUCGAGCAAUCAACUCAAAACUUCAAAAGUCAACUCGGAACUCCAAGAUUCAACUUAAAACUUGUAAAGUCAACUUGAUACUCGAAUAUGAAAUCCGUUUUUGGUACAUGAUGAAUGGUACCAGAGGCUUCCAACUUUACCUUUGAAGAAAAAUCAUUUUAUUGGAAAAAAUAGAAAAUGAAUGUAACCAAAGUGCCCAUAAUACACUGGUAAAACAAUGAGUACACUACUUAUGUAGAUGUUCAUGACAUGUAGAUCCAAUUUAGCGUACACGUAUUAUUCCUCUAAGUCAAAUAGCUCCACAUAUCACAUAAAUUACAUGUACAUGCUGGUAGCUUGGGCAUGAUAAAUCAAUACAUAUUGAGUCAAGUGAGUGUUGCUCCUAGAAUGUCAGGAUUUUUAGUGUAUUCUCACUUUCUUACACUGUACGCCUAACUACAUACAUGUUGGAUGAUCAAUGUAAAGUGUGCAUGUGAUAAUAUCGAGAGCAACUUACCUGCUUUACAUGAGUUUGAAAGCAUGAAUUACGGCAGGAUAGAUUACUUUAUUAUAUUAAUGAUACACAUCACUCCACAGAAUAACUACAUGUACUUCUUGAGCACAGCAUAGCAUUUACUAAUGGUCACGUUAAGAUUCAUGUACACACACAUGUACCGAAACUGCGCACUUGCAUGGAAUGUAGUGGGCUUCCAUGCGUACACGAACUGCAGCGCACAGUACAUGUAUGCGUUUUCAGUAAUCCUACGAAGAUGCCACACUGAUCUGCACAUCAUGUUAUCAACAGGAGCUGUAAUAUGUUUGCCAUUUCUGUCUCUUCUUCAUUACAAGAAAGCACUGAUGAAGACUGAGGAUUUUCGUAAUUAUUUGAGAAGCGUUUCACAUGCAUGUACCGGUACACGUAUUUUAAAUCAUAGGCAUGCAUGGUUCAACACCAGAAGUGUAUAAUUUUCUAAUUUGCUGUAUGGAAACGAUCAUAUGUAUAACUUUUAAAAGUCUAUCAUACAUGUACCUGUAUCUCGUUUUGAGCGCCUAGUAAUAUGCAUUUUUUAUGCAAAUAAAAUUAUCUUCAAAGCAUUACAUGUAAUAAUGUAUUGGCUACUAAUUGGGAAAGUGCGAUAUAUAAAUGUACCGUAGUCAGUUUAUAGAUCUGUAUUGACAUGUACAUGUUUACUGUUCCAAACUGGGUUUCAACAUGGGCUUUACUGACAAAGUUGUGAAACGAUUCUGCUGCUUGGGGCUUUAACUGGUCAAAUGGGGAGGUCAACUUGAAAAUAUCAAAAAGUUAAAAAGAAAAAAGUGAACUCAAAAAGUCAACUUCAACUCAAGAACUUGAAAAGUCAACUUGAAAAUUGAAGAACAUACCUUCAGUUGUUUUUCAAGUUUUUUACAAUUGCUGAUGUAAGGCUGUAGGUUUAUUUGCCCUGAAAUACAAUGUAGCUCUAAAUACUGUAGGUGCAAUAAAAGUUCAGUUUACAUACACGU